AAUAAUAUUCAAGCGUCAGAAGCUCUUAAAACUGAAAUUGAUGAUUUGAAGAAGAAGCAUGAUGAGGCUGCUUCAAAAGUUCUCCAGCUUGAGGAAGAUAUCAUGACUGUUACUCAAAAAGCCAUUGCAAAAGAAACGGAGUUAGACAGUCUGAAGGACAAACUGAAGAAAGUGACACUUGAGAAGGAGCAACUUGAAUGUGUGUUAAAGACAGAAAAGGAUGAAAAAGAGCUUUAUAAGAUACACUUGAAGAAUACAGAAAUAGAAAACACCAAACUAGUAAAAGAAAUCCAGACGUUUAAGAAUUUGGAUGCAAACAAAGAAAACAUGAUAUCGUAUUAUAAAGAGGAGAUUGGCAGAUUACAGCUAUUUAUAGCUGAAAAAGAAAAUAUGAAGAAAGCUUUUUUGCUCUCCUCAUCAAACAAGGAGGAUGCAAGUAUUUUAAAAGAACAGCUUCGGAAAGCUGAAGAUCAGAUUCAGGCUAGCAAACAAGAAGCUGUCCUAAUGUCAAAAGAGCUGAGCGAUGCAGUAAAUGUGCGAGAUAAGACAAUGGCAGAUCUUCACAGUGCGCGUCUGGAAAAUGAUAAAUUGAAAAAGCAGCUUGCUGAUGCUUUAGCUGAACUUAAAAAAAUCACGGCUUUGAAAAAUGAACAGGAAACUUCAAACACAGUAGAGCAGGAACUGCGCAGAGAAGUUGAAGAUCUGAAGCUUCGUCUGCAAAUGGCUGCUGACCAUUACAAGGAAAAAUUCAAAGAAUGUCAAAAACUUCAAAAACAAGUAAACAAGUUUACAGAACAGACAAAAAUUGCAGGGCAUCAACAGAAACUGACAGAUACAUCUAACAUUGAGACAGCUACUGCCAUCGUUACAGACAAAAAGUUGUCUGCAUCUCCAGUUAGCCCCAUUUCAUCUGAUAUAGUUUCGGAAUUCAUGGUAAAGGAGCAAGUACGCGAAAUGAAUAAAGAAAUUGCUGAGAAAACAGAGAAGUAUAAGAAAUGCAAGCAAAUGUUGGCAGAUGAGAAGAUGAAAUGCAGUGUUUAUGCUGAUGAACUAGCUAAACUGGAGCUGAAGUGGAAAGAACAAGUGAAAAUCAAUGAGGGUGUAAAAUUACAGCUAGCAGCAAUGGAGGAUCAGUAUAAAGUUCAGCUGGCGGAAAAAGAGAGACGAAUAAAGGAACUGGCAUCACAGUUGGAACUCUUUACCAGUGAGAAGGAACUUGGGAGGACACCAGGAAAUCAAGCUGGAAGGAUGAUGGAAGGACAGAUUUCACAACAGACAUUACAUUUUCGCAACCCAUAUUCGGAGGAAAAUGGACCAAUUCCUGCAGUGCCAAGCAGACUACCAGUAUUGCAAUAUGGAAACCCAUAUGCAAUUCAGGAAAGAAGAGAUGGAGCAGAUGGUGCUUUUAAUCCUGAUGAGAUCCAAAGACCACCUGUUAGAACUUCCUUCUGGGAGCUAGAAGAUGAUGUAGUGUGUAGUCAGCCUUCACGCAAUCUUAGUCGGCCUGACGGUUUAGAAGAUCCUGAGGAUAGCAACGAUGAUGACAACACUGUACCUUCUGCUCCUGAUCCUCCAAGUCUUCUCUUGCAUGAACGUGGAACAGGUUUCUGCUUUGAUUCCAGUUUUGACGUGCACAAGAAGUGCCCUCUUUGCGAUGUGAUGUUUCCACCUAACUAUGAUCAGAGCAAGUUUGAGGAACAUGUUGAGAGUCACUGGAAGGUGUGCCCCAUGUGCAGUGAGCAGUUCCCGCCUGACUACGAUCAGCAAGGGUUUGAGAGGCAUGUUCAGACGCACUUUGAUCAGAACGUAUUAAAUUUUGAUUAAAUACUUUGUUUUGCAGUGUAGCUUAAAAACCCACAACUUCGAGUAGUCCACCUACAGAACGAGAACAGCGCAGCUUUUCUGUAACAGUGCAAACUUCUAUUAAAAGCUCAUGUACCUAAUGGGAGCUGUGGUAAAUCGUGGCUGUAAGCUGCUAUUGGGUUAUCUUCUCUCUACCUAACAUUAUACUAAAAAAACCCCACGAAACCCCACCUUGUUGUGUAUGUAGCUAUUUAUGCCCCUACUUAGUGGAAUUUGUAAGGGGACAGGAAUGACUUAGCCUCAGAAAAAAUGAGACCAACUUCAUGAUGCUCUUCAGCUACAUAAAAAUGCCACCAAAACACCUAGGGUUUCCUCUUGACCGUGGUAACUGAGGCAUGAUUAAAAAUGUAAUAAAGAUGUUUCUCCUAGCAAAUUUGUGUAGUUUUUCUUUGAGUAAUAGUUAAAUCGGAAAGUUACCUUACUUACCCUAUGAAAAUACAGUUUUCUAGUACAUUUCUGAAACGUAGAUGCAUGUACUGUGAGAUUACAUGCUUGCAACAAAAGGAAUGGCAAAUACUUCAGUUUUACAUACGGAAUGUUUGCCUUAAGGGAUAAUGUUAAGUACGUUAUACCGUAAGGCAGUAUUUUUGAGUUGAAAGAAACUGCUGUGCUUAAAUGCCUAAAAGUAAUUGUUUAAAAAAAUCAUUGCCAUUAUGUUGCAAUUGCAUUCAGUAGAAAAUAUUGUUAUAUUUUCACAACAGUGAAUUGUGUUCCUUUUGGCUUAGGGCUUUUAAAACCUUCUGCAUUUUAACUUCAUGUAUUUCUUUCCAGUAAGUAAAAACAUGUGUGUAUAUCUAAACAUUUUAUAUUUACUUUAACUGUAUUAAGUAUAUUUGCUUUCCACUUGUUGUACAGUAGUCUUGUUACAUUAAAAGCAAAAUUAUUCAUGGA